GGCAGACUUCACACGCUCAUACGGGAAAGCAAACGAGCCGACGGCUGGGAGCCACAGCCGGAUGAGGAUCUAUAAGAGCAGAGGCUGAGUGCACAGCUGUCCUCUGACACCCUGCAGGAUUAGCUCCUUGUGUUUAACCAUCAUAACCUUGCAUCUCUGGGAUUACAGAUUAAAGCAUCCAUAACAAGCAGCUGCUGGAAACAAAACGGAUGUCAGUGUGGUGGUUAGAGAUGGGAGAGGUUUCAGGGCCUCUCUCCACUGUAGGAUGGUAGCCGACAGCACAGUGGAAGGCCAUGAGCGGACCGCCUUACCAAGCGCAUCACCAGCACCAUCAUCAUCACCUUCUGUGUCGUCAGCAUCAGCAAACCGUAAACAGUCGGAGCAGCUUCAGCGUCAGGCUUGUCCAAAUCCAAGCCUGAAAUCUGCAUCUGCUCGCUCUGUGUACCUGACUCAUUUCCGCACCUUCACCUCCAAAGAGGACUGCAGCCUAAUCACAGACACAGCUACCAAGCUCGAGCGCAGCGGCUUCUACUGGGGCCCACUUGGAGUAGAGGAGGCCCAUUGCAUGCUCCGCAACGCCCCCUUGGGCAGUUUCCUCAUCCGCGACAGCCGACAGAAGGACGUCUUCUUCACUCUGUCCUACCACGACAAGAAGGGACCGGUCAGCGUGCGCAUCGACUACAAGCGGCAGAGGUUCUCUCUUGCUGGCAACGAGCGCUCCUUCCCAACGCUCUUUGCCCUUUUGGAGCAUUAUAUGAACUCGCCUAAGAAGAGCCUGACAGUCCCCUACAGGAAAUGGGAGCCCACCCUGCAGGAGCUGUGCAGGAAGCGGAUCAUGGAGGUGUGCGGAGGAAAGGGUGGCAUUCCAGAACUGCCUGUCACGCAUGUGGUCAAAGAUUUCCUGUUGGAGUUCCCUUACAAACUAUGAACAGUCUGCAUAAUGUUUUGGCUGUAUUGUUCUUGAUUUCAAGAUGGCAGCUUUCACCAAGUAACGGUACAGCAAACGGGUUGAUAAAGUCUCUGCAUCAGGGAACUAAGGUAGAGACUACAUCACCGUGGUUACUAAAAAAAUCAAC